CGGGCGGUAAUGAGAGGGACGUUAUUGGCUAACCGUCGCGGGGUGCAGAGAUUCCGGCAACUCGCGAUCACAGCCGUUAAAUCGUCGAAGAUCAAGCUCCUUCUCCUAUGCUGCAUCGCGUUUACGGUACUCGUGGUCGGUACCCGCUGGUCCGAUUUUAUGGGAUGGACUGAUUACAGCGAUUCUGUUGAUCAGUUUCUUUUUCCAGAGAAAGGAUAUGCUAUUGUAAUGAACACAUGGAAAAGAUAUGAUCUGUUGAAGCAAUCCAUUUCUCACUAUUCAUCAUGUGCAGGGCUCAAAUCUAUACAUAUUGUGUGGAGUGAGCCCAAUCCUCCUUCAGAUUCUCUUUCCAAAUUUCUAAACCAUGUGGUAGAAUCAAAAACGAAAGGGCUGCAUAAAAUCAAAUUGAGUUUUGAUAUCAACAAGGAAGACAGCUUGAACAAUAGAUUCAAAGAAAUACCUGGAUUGAAGACAGAUGCUGUUUUUUCGAUUGAUGAUGAUGUUAUAUUUCCUUGUUCCUCUGUGGAGUUUGCUUUCAAGGUUUGGCAAAGUGCCCCAGAUGCAAUGGUGGGGUUUGUUCCUCGUGCCCAUUGGGUUGAUAAAUCGCAAGGAAAAAAAGAUUACUACACAUACGGUGGAUGGUGGUCUGUGUGGUGGACAGGCACUUACAGUAUGGUACUCUCAAAAGCAGCUUUUUUCAACAAGAAGUAUCUUAGGCUGUACACAAAUGAGAUGCCAGCAUCAAUCAAAGAAUUUGUGACCAAGAAUAGAAAUUGUGAAGAUAUUGCGAUGUCUUUUCUUGUUGCAAAUGCAACUGGUGCCCCCCCUAUAUGGGUGAAAGGUAAGAUACAUGAGAUUGGUUCGACUGGAAUUAGUAGCUUGGGAGGGCACAGCGAAAAAAGAACGAGAUGCCUCAAUAGAUUUGUUGCUGAGUUUGGGCGAAUGCCCCUGUUACCCACUACUGUUAAGGCUGUUGACAGCCGCAUUUCCUGGUUUUGGUGAUACUUGAGUUUCCACUAUAUUUAAUUGCAAUAUUUCCACUUUUUCUGGCAAUCCUUCCAGUGAUUGCAGUUCUUUUUAUUUCGAGUUGUGCAACGCUAUGUUCUACCCUACUGGUCUCUUUCCGAGAUGGAAGCUAGAUCAGCGUGACGCCCCAGAAUGUUUACUUGUAUUCUUACCAUAUAGCGUAACUACUAGGGAGUCGAAGUUUGAGAUGGUUACCCUUUUGUCUUCUGAUGCUGUAAUUUUGGUUUAGAACGGGCCGCCAUCGCUGUAAUUUUGACUAUCCUAGGCUAAAUCAUACAUAAGAUUUUGAUGGUGUGCUCUGUUACGCCAUACUUGUCAAUGAGCAGCAGAAUUAAAUAAAUGCAUCUUGUCAUAUUCUGUA